AUGGUGCCGCGUAGUAAAGAACCUCGCGUGACAAAUCUUGUCUUUGGAGUUGUCGAGGAGGAGGAGGUCUCGGAGAGCCCGGGCUGGCGUGGCUGGGUGUGCAGUGGCCGAGUUGUGUUGAUUGGAGACUCUGGAGUUGGGAAGAGCAAUCUUCUGUCACGUUUCACACGCAAUGAGUUCAAUUUGGAGAGUAAGAGCACCAUCGGGGUGGAAUUUGCCACCAGGAGCAUCCAGGUGGAUGGGAAGACGAUAAAAGCACAGAUCUGGGAUACUGCAGGACAGGAACGAUACCGUGCCAUUACCUCAGCAUAUUACCGUGGUGCUGUUGGGGCUCUUCUUGUCUACGACAUUGCCAAACAUCUCACCUAUGAGAACGUGGAGCGCUGGCUAAAGGAGCUUAGAGAUCACGCAGACAAUAAUAUUGUCAUCAUGCUGGUGGGUAACAAGAGUGACCUCCGCCAUCUGAGAGCCGUGCCCACUGACGAGGCCCGGGCUUUUGCAGAAAAAAAUAACUUAUCUUUUAUUGAAACUUCCGCUCUGGAUUCAACAAAUGUAGAAGAAGCCUUCAAGAACAUCCUUACAGAAAUCUACCGCAUUGUUUCGCAGAAGCAGAUUGCAGAUCGGUCUGCACACGAUGAGUCUCCUGGCAACAACGUAGUCGACAUCAGUGUCCCACCAACCACCGAUGGACAGAAAUCCAACAAACUCCAGUGCUGUCAGAACCUGUGACCUCCUGUAGAUGACUCUUGUGCCCUUCACUUCGUCUGUGCUUCAUUUAGAAACUUGUGUGCACUUCUUAUCUCCUGUGAUUCAGUGACUCCCUCUCCCCUCCUUUACCCCAUUCCCAAGCCCCCCCCCUUUUCAUCUUAGAGCUUUAAUUGUAGGGCUAACAUCCCCCUGCCUCUGAAAUCCCCUUCAAUGUGGUGACUUUUGGGCUUGAAAUGUAGGCACUGAUCUGAUAGACAUGUUUGUGUUGGAACGCCUGCUGCUGGAUAUUAUCCCAUGAAACGCUCUCCUCAGAUGGUUUUGGUUUUUUUUUUUUUCUGGGAGAGAAACCAUGGGGACUCGACUAUAACAGUUGAAGAAAUAACUACAUUUAGGUGACAAAGUUUUUUUCCUCCCACAGUCAGAUUUUUUUUUUCCUUGUGUUUCUGUAAACAUGGGGGAGAAAUUAAAAGAAAAUAGCUAUCCUACCAAAUGCUCUGUUUUCUGUCCUGAUAAAGUCUCACAGUGAGGUUUUUAGUGGCUGCACACACUAAGAAAGCUGUUGAAAAUAACAUUACUUAUUAUGUAAUUACCCCUAAUACAGUUAGUCUGGCUGUGUAGUUUAUCGUUUCCUGCUUGGGAGAUCUUUCUCUAUUCUUAUUUGGGAACAAUGAAGUAUGUCUGCAUUGCUUUCUCGGCCACCAUGAAUGCCUGUGCUGCUUCUGCAGGCUUUAUGAAGUGGCUUAAUAUUUAUUCAUGGCUUAUGUUAAUCAGUUAACAUUAUUGUACAGUAAGUGCCAGCAUAUUGAUUUCAGAAACCUUUUGCAACCUGUACAAGUAGGCUUAUUUUGUACUGUAGAUCAGUGUCUGAAAGCAGGAUCUUCUCUAGUUCCAGGAUUUUUUUGCAUGCUGCUUUUUCUCUAGGUCUCUCCUCCCCCUGUUUGAGUGAGUGAAGCAAUAUUUUCAUGUCAUGUAUAUACCUGCACUUGUAAGGGUUUUGGUUGUUGUAGAGAAACUCGAUACUUUAUACAUUUUGUAAAACUUCUGCAGAACCAUAGCAUCUUGAACUUUCUCUUCAUCGUCUUUCACUAUUGACCUUGUGCAUAACCCUCCUGACCUCUACUAAAAUGCAUAAUGUUAAGAUUCCACAUAAUAACUACUAACCUGUUGUUUUCUUCUUACUCUGUUUUACUGAAUUGCAGACUGUAAUUCUCAUAUGAUUGUACGUCACCUGAUGUAACAGAUCUGUCAUCAGCAGGGCUAACUACUAUAAUCCUUUGUUUUGCUGAACGGGAAGAAUGUUAUCACAACUUCGUGUAGUCAGUCUCUUGCUAGCUUGUGAACACCUUAUAUGAUGGCUUUUCAUCGUUCACUAGCUCUUACACACUUGCAUCCCCUCCGGUAUGCGCUGAAUGUUAUGAUGAGGCGAAUACUGGGUGAAACUGUCUAAAGGAAGAGUUGGAGACCGUCUGCUGCUCUGAAGGCUAGUGAAGCAAUUUGCAGUGAAUUUUUGCUCUGUACUCUGAGACUGUACCUCACUCGAUGAAUCCUACCUGCGUAUUAGUGAGUUGAUUUUUCUUUUCUGAUACAAAGCAAAUAUGAAACUGUGAAUUGUCGCUUGAAGGGGAAAUCUGACAUUCCAGUCUCAACUGUUCUGUCUGGUUAUGUAAUAAAAUUAAGGGCGGUUAAGUCUGAUGGCUUUUCUUUUAUAAGAUUUCCAGACCAAUGCCUUUAAUUUUGUACUGUAUGCACCUAGAGGGCUAUAGUUCACAGCAAAGGGUGCACGUGGUGCCUAGCACUUUUCACCUUUGUUUAGAGGAUACGUUCAAGGCGAAGGGGCACGUGCUUGCAGCCUAAUCCCAUUGAAUGAGGAUGUGAUUUCCUUUUUAGGCACCACAGUGAUCUGUCCUAAGGGUGUCCCAGUUUGGGAAGCACUUUCAAGGCUUGGUAUUUACUUUAAUAGCAUCCUGUUGAGAGAAGGUACAGCCAGUGGGAAGUGGAGACGCCUCCUUUUUGGUGGUUCUAGACCAGAAUGUGAUGUGCAGUCAGUAUCCGGAAGGCUGGCAGAUGAGGAUGCUGUUAGAGAGAAUGGAAAAUUCUGAGAUGGUGAAAAUAUUUCAUUCAAGAUCAGGUGGACACUGGUGGAGCUGGGCUCCUUAAUUGUGAACCAAACUUUUUAUAAAGAAAUGAGUUGAAUGGCAUGAGGAAGAAUCAUGCUGUUAAGAAGACUUAUUAGUUCAGGGUGAUGUAUUAAUGUGUUUACUCUGCAAAUCCUGUUCUUAACAUGAAGUUUCUAGAAUCAGUCUGGCCUGGUAUAAGAGGCUGAGAAGCAGUUUAGUCACUUCCUUGUCUCUUAAAAGAGAUUUUCUCUAGUCUUUGACUUUGUGGAAGGCUCUGAACUUUGCAUCAGAGUCCCAACAGAAGGUUUGUGUCUAGGGCUUAAGUGCUGUUAAAUUAUAUUUGUAUUGAAGAGACCUUGUCCAACUUCAUUGCACGUCAGCCAAAGCCCCCUCAGAGCAGGUGGAUCUUGGACCCAUACUAUUCGUGCCGGAGGGGGUUGGGUUGUUUUUGAGAUCUGUUGCAUGAGGUGGGAAGGCCCUACUGCCUCUUGCUGCAGGACUGCGGUAUCCCCAAGAUGUGGGAAGCGUGUGUGUGCACGCACGUGUGCCCAGACAUAGCUUAUGUGAGCACUGUGAACUUAAGCAAUGGUUUUAUCUGCUGUGGUCACUCAGUUUAUUUAUUAGACUGGGUAUUGGCUCUUUCCCCACACUGCUGUGCUGCUACCCAGGCAGGUGGAGAUGCAGCCCUUCUGUGGCUUUGAGGUGCUCUUGCCUAGGCUAAGCCCAGGGCCAUCAGGGCCAACAGGAAAAGGACAGUGGACCAGUUCUUCCUGGUAAAACCAUCUUCCUGUGCAUGGCUGAGGAAAAAUGCUUCUGAUCUCGAAUACCCUGGUGUCCUGCUGACAAC